AUGUCAACCAAAGCCGUGAAGACACUCUUCCUGCUGCUCCUUCUUCUCCCUGCGGUGUCCCAGGCUGCUGCAAAGUCAGACACCGUGACGUGUCGGAAGACCAAGGGCAAGUGUUCGUUCCUGCUGUGUCCCUUGUUUGCGAAAGCCACCGGUACCUGCUACAAUGGACUGGCAAAGUGCUGCAGGCCCUUAUGGUGA